AUGAUGAUAAGAGGCUCUGGAGAAAAGAGUAUCCACAUCCCACCGGGUUGGUAUGACGACCUUACAUACAUUUUGACGUCCGGGCGCCGUCUUCAGGGCGGCCGACGUCUCUGCAUCGCCAUGCGCUCGCCCGCUUUUCCUCCGAGGCGACCUUCUCACCUCUUGCGAUAUAUAUUUCCCGCCUUUCUCCUCAUAGGGAUUUUCUACUACCUCUCGCAUAAACCUCAAGAUCCUUCUGUUCCCAACACGUAUUUAACCUCCGGCCAUGACUCUAAAUCGUCGUCCUCAUCGAACUCCCACAAGCAAGGGACGCCUGACGUAGUUAAUCAACCCGCCAAGAAUCCCACCUCGAAUCAGAAGCCCGUUUAUGAUAACACGGAUGGGGCAAACCAACCCAACCUCGAUGCGAAACCCGCAUCCGAUCAACUAGCCCAACCUGUUCAACCUGUCCCACCUAAGCCCGCUGUCGCCCACCCGAUUGAUGAGCUCGUCAAGAUCGCCGACAAGGAUUUUAAGGAUUUACUUGCUAAGGAAUCGAACACACUUGCUGAAGCUGCCCAAGCCUAUCGCAAACGUCGCGGUCGACAUCCGCCUCCUGGUUUUGACAAAUGGUACGAGUUCGCCAAAGAGCAUAAUGCCCUUUUAGUCGAAGACUUCUUUGAUCAGAUCUACCAUGACCUCAACCCAUUCUGGGGCCUGGACGCGGCUACCAUUCGUACCGAGGCCAGGGGCUAUGAGAUGGUUAUCAAUGUACGCAAUGGUAAUGCGAGCGCCGAAAGUGAUUGGUUCUGGACUCAGAUCUGGCUAGACAUGAUCCAGACUAUCGAACACCUGCUGCCCGACAUGGAUAUCGCUUUGAAUGCCAUGGACGAGCCUCGACUUGUCGUUCCGUGGGAAGACAUUAGUGCCUAUAUGAAGAAGGAAAAACAGAGUCGAAUCCUCAGUCCCACGAAAAGUAUCGUGAAGGAAUUCCAAAAAUUACCUCCCCCGGUCAAACACGACGAGAAUGACAAGUCCCUUCACACCAUCGAUAAAAACUGGGAAGACACGAAUCCAUAUUGGUUGAUCGCUCGUCGAGGCUGCCCCCCUGAUAGCCCAGCUCGGAAGCAACCUGCUAUGAGUUCGUUUAACGACAAGCCCAACUUCGCUCCAUCGUGGGCAACACCCCACCAAUAUCAGGGAUACGUGUCCAACGCUAGUCUCUCGUCCGAAUUUUGUCACCAACCAGAUCUACAGGGGCUGGAGGGUAUAUUCAUUAAACCUCUAACCACGUCCGCCACGAAGGUCCUCUUUCCGAUGUUUGGAGGAAGCAAACUAGCCACAAACAAUGAGAUUCUCCUUCCCGCUCCCAUGUACUGGAACGAGGAAGAACGGUUUACCGGAGGAGAUGACCACGGUCCCUCUUGGGAUAGCAAAAUUGGACCUGUGAUAUGGCGUGGUGUAGCUACCGGUGGGCGGAACAACGAGUCUAACUGGAAGGGCUUUCAAAGGCAUCGGUUCGUCUCUAUGAACAAUGCAACAAAACUUGCGCGCGCCGAGGAGGGAGCAGAAGCACCGAUCAAUUUCGAGCUACCCAGUACGACAUAUAAUCUUGCGGCUCAGAAGGAGAAGCGACUCGGGCCAUGGGUGUCGGAAUGGGCGGAUGUGGGCUUUACUGACUUAUUCUGCGAUCCCGACGUGGAACCACAGCAGGAAGACGGCCAAUGCAUCUACACCGACGAACACUAUGAAACGGUUCUUGGGCAAAAGCUGGCAGUUCAGUUCUAUUAUAAGUAUCUUCCCGAUAUCGAUGGCAACUCCUUCUCGGGACGUUACCUAGGUUUCCUACGAAGUACGAGCUUGCCCAUCAAGAGCACGCUCUGGCGCGAGUGGCACGACAGUCGCCUAGUGGCAUGGAAGCACUUUGUGCCGAUGGACAACCGCUUUGGCGAUUACUACGGCAUAAUGGAGUAUUUCCUCGGCUAUGAAGAUAGCGUUCCCGGCCACGACGAUGUGGCGGAGAAGAUUGCGAUGGAUGGAAAAGCCUGGGCCGAAAAGGUGCUCAGAAAGGAAGACAUGCAAAUUUACGUCUUACGAUUACUGCUCGAGUACGCGCGAAUUGCCGACGACAGGAGAGAGAGCAUGGGCUGGGUAGACGACCUAGUGUCGUGA